AUGAGGGGCUGCUGGAAGAAGCGGAUGAGCUGCACGAGAGGAGUGUUGCAGCUGCGCCGGGCCGCGGAGGACGAGUUGAGGAGCGCCCUAUCUCGGCGGUGCCAGACAGAGACGGACCUUGAGAGGCUGCAGGUAGCCGUGGAAGAGUGCAAAAGGCUGGGGCUGAACGUGCACACGGCGGAGCGGCAGUGCCUGCGGCUCAAGGAGCUCCAGGUGAACCGGGAGUCCACCCAGGCGGAGCUGAUGGAGGCCUCCCGAGGCGUCGGGGUCCAGGGCCGACUUCGACUGGAGACGGCGGUCCGGGCCGCGAAGAGCGCCGGGGUGUCGGCAGAGAAGCUGCGGGCUGCGAGCCAGCGGCUGGCGGAGUUGCGCGAGCACGAGCAGCGCUGCGAUGUGCUCGCUGGAGAAGUGCAGCGUGCCCUCCCCGUCUUGCAGACGCAGCCCUGGCGCUACCAGCAGCUCCUCGAGGCCGCGGCGGCGCUGAAGCCCUGGACCUCGAAGCUGGAGCGGCUCAUCGCCGAGGGCAAGGAGAUCCUGGACAAGCGUGAGAAGGAUAUCGCCCGGCGAAGAGAGGUUCGGGGGCAGCUUCUGCUCCAGCUCAAGAAGAUAGAGGAGGCGCGCGCUGCGGGCAAAUCCACCCACGACCUCUUGGUGCCGCUAAAGGACUUGCUAGACAAGGCAGAAAGCGCAGGGCUGCAGGAGGAGAGCAUCCAGAAGGGCAAGCUCCUGUUGCAGAAUGCCAAGAGGGAGGCCUGCCAGCGCAACGUGGCGGAGCACCGGCUCCAGCUGGCGCUGGAUGCAAGAGACCAUGCGGAGAUCGAGCGGUCCAUGCGCCAGGUGCGGGCGCUGGGGCAAGUGGGCCUCACGGAGCAGAGUCCUAGAGGCACUCGGCAUGGACGAGGUCUGCUGGUGGGUGACAGAGAGAGCUCGGCGGCGCUGAUGGAGCAGGCGACCUCGGCGCUGCGGAACCUCAACGAGGCCGCCGCACGGCGCCAGGCGGCAGCCGCAGCAUUGGAGGCUCUGAACACGUCGAAGGGGCUCACAGGGAUCGUGCCCAAGGAGGCGGAGGAGGAGGGCUGCAAGAGCCUGCGGGGUGCGCGGUCUGCCAUCCAGGAGGCGAAGCAGUCCGGUGUCGCAUCGACGCUGAUUGAGCAGGCCAAGCUGAAGCUCCGACGAAGGCGUCGGGAUCGCCAGGAUCAGCAGGAGGCCUGCAGCUCCUUGCAGAAGGCCUUGUCCAAGAAGGAUGUGCCCAAGCAGGUGCUGCUUGCAAAGAUGACAAGGGCCUGCGCCUUCAGUGUCAGCAUGGUGCGUUACUGGCUGGCGGAACGCUUUGGGGCUGGGAAGCAUAGGUGCGCCGCCCCAGAUCUACCGCGACCUUCGGUGCAAAGACACGGCAACAGCACGCGGGCGAACCGGCGCAGCGGAUGGUUUCUCCACCGGGCUGCGGAGGGCGACGGCGAGUUGCGCAGCUUGCCUGAGUCGAACAUUUUCUGGGUCAACUGCUGGUGCCCAGGUCUGGGAGGCGAGGCACGGCGUGCCAGCUCGCGCCAGAAUGGAGUGAGGUGCUGCAAUGGAAGCGGAAGCGGAGGGCUAAGGUUUGGCUGGAUUCAGCCGGAUCGCUUCGUGGACCAUCCUGAAGCCUUCAAGAACAACUGGAGGAUAUAUGUGAAUGUCCUCGAUGUGAAGGGCGGCGUCCUGCACAGCGGAGCUCGAGUGUCCUUCUUGGUCUACAGCGACGGCAAGGGCCUCGGCGCCGCGGAGGUGCUGCCGGCCAAGGAGUUGAAGCACACGACGUGUGCUUGGAGUCACCGGGCUGUCUCGAAGGUCCAGAAGAGCACCGAGAAGCUUGCAGGUCGGAAGGGGGGCAAGGCGUGCGGCAAGGGACCUUCGAAGAGGGUGUCCCUCCGGGGUCCCGACAGGGACAAGAAGACCCACAGAGGACUCGCCCUGGAUUGCCUGCGUUGGGUCUCCUCUGAGAUGAGGGGCUGGAGGCCUGCCAUGGAGGACGCCACCUGUGCGCUCAGCUUGGAGCCGCCUUUGGGCAACUAUGCCCUGUUCGGGGUCUUCGACGGCCACGGGGGCGCGGCGGUGUCGCGGCGUGCAGCGCAGGAGUUGCCAAACGGGAUUCAAGCUGCAGCACUUGAGUGCAUGGACGAAGAUCUCGCGAACCUGCCCCAGUUUCUGAGCACGGCGCUGGCCAAUUUGGACGAGGUGCUGCGUCAUGAGGGUGAGGGGCAAGCGGGGCUCCUGCAAGUAGGUGGCAAGGCCAUUGAGAGCUCUGUGAGGAACGCCUAUGGCCUGAUGGGCAGCACCGCCGUGGUGGCGCUUGUGGAGUGCCUUGGAGCCUCGGUGCUGCGUGUCGUCGUGGGGAAUUUGGGGGACUCCCGGGCCAUCUGCUGCCGAGCUGGCGAGGCGAUCCCACUCUCGGAGGAUCACAAGCCCGAUGUGCCCGAAGAGCGAGAGCGCAUUGAGAAGGCGGGUGGCUUUGUGGGAGCCGUUGGGCCGUGCCAGCGGAUUGACGGCUGGGGCCUGAACUUGUCGCGGGCGCUGGGGGACUUCCACUACAAGAGCCGCAGCGAUCUUGCGCCCAGCGAGCAGAAGGUGUCCAUUGAGCCAGACGUGCAGGUGCUGGAGGUCACGCCCGAGGAUGAGUUCCUCUUCCUGGGCUGCGAUGGUGUCUUCGAGCUGCAUUCCUCCCAGGACGUGGUGGACGCGGUGCGCCAGGGCCUGCAAGCCGGGCAGCCUCUGCAAGAAGUGGUGGAGGACUUGGUGGAUGCCAGCUGCAGCCCUGACUUGGCACAGACCGGCGGCGCAGGGAGUGACAAUGUCAGCGCCAUGGUAAUCCUUCUGAAGCCUGAAAGAUUCUGA